CUCCGCUAUUCCGGUCAGCUGACCAAGAGUCGGUCUGCUGACUGUCAAACCCUCCAAGUCUGCACUGAUACUGGGAGACUACCGUCACCGGGCCGAACCCUGCUCUGGCCAUGUUAUCGGAGCUCCUUUCUCGGGCAGCCACCUGACACCCUCCGCUGUGAUCCGGAAGUGCAACGGUUAGCCUAAACACGCCAAAGUCGCGGAAACAGCCGGAUUCUCCCUGUCUUCCGUGACCGCUCAUCUGGUCGUCUCCAUCCCGAGCCCGUGUGACUCCAGCCGGCCCACCUCCCAGGCAGCUUCCGCUGACAGCCAUGGCCCUGCUGGACCUCGCCAUGCAGGGCCUCGCCGUGUUCGGCUUCAUCCUGUUCUUCGUGCUGUGGCUCAUGCACUUCAUGUCCAUCAUCUAUGUACGUCUUCACCUCCACAAGAAAAGACCAGAGGUCAAACAGCCGUUCAUGCAGCUAGCUGGAGUUUCUCUGCUGAAGCCACUAAAAGGAGUUGACCCGAACCUGAUCUCCAACCUGGAGACAUUCUUUACACUGGAUUACCCAAAGUUUGAAAUCCUGCUGUGCAUUCAGGAUCAAGACGAUCCAGCUGUUGACGUCUGCAAAAAGUUGUUGGGAAAAUACCCGAAUGUAGACGCUCGAUUAUUCAUUGGAGGGAAGAAAGUUGGAAUUAACCCCAAGAUCAAUAACUUGAUGCCGGGCUACGAAGGAGCUAAAUAUGGCCUGGUGUGGAUCUGCGACAGUGGCAUCAGAGUGAAACCGGACACCCUGACAGAUAUGACUAAUCAGAUGACAGAGAAGGUGGGACUGGUACAUGGGUUACCGUACGUUGCCGACCGCCAAGGCUUCGCUGCCACACUGGAACAGGUGUACUUUGGGACAUCCCACCCCCGCUCAUACAUCUCGGCUAAUGUGACUGGGAUAAAGUGCGUGACGGGUAUGUCAUGUCUGAUGAGGAAGGAUGUUCUGGAUCAGGCCGGCGGAUUGGUCGCCUUCGCCCAGUACAUUGCUGAGGAUUACUUCAUGGCUAAAGCUAUUGCUGACAGAGGCUGGAAAUUCUCCAUGGCGACACAGGUGGCGCUGCAGAAUUCUGGAUCUUACUCCAUUGGCCAGUUCCAGUCCCGCAUGAUCAGGUGGACGAAGUUGAGGAUCAACAUGCUUCCCGGCACCGUGCUUGAGCCUGUUUCCGAAUGCUUCCUCGCCAGUCUCAUCAUCGGCUGGGCCGCUCAUUAUGUGUUCAGAUGGGACAUGAUGGUGUUCUUCAUGUGUCACUGUCUCGCCUGGUUUAUAUCUGACUACAUUCAGCUGACCGGGGUCCAGGGCGGCCCUCUGUGCUUCUCGAAGCUCGACUUUGCAGUCGCCUGGUUCAUCAGGGAGUCGAUGGCGGUGCAGAUCUUCCUGUCGGCUCUGUGGGACCCAACCAUCAGCUGGAGGACUGGACGCUACCGGCUACGUUGCGGAGGCACCGCUGAGGAGAUCCUCGAUGUCUAGUUACCUCGGUGACGGGCCUCAUCUGCCCCUCCACCCUCACCUCCUCAUUACAGCGAGGAGAGGAAGAGACUGAUGUUUGUUUUUGUUUUUGUUUUUCUCUUUUUUUAUGAGGAAAAACUGAAGAGUGUGCAUGUGUGCGUGUGCACAUGAGCGUGCGUGUGUGUGUCUGUGUGUGUGCGCGUGUUUUAACUAUUUAUCUUUCUUUUGGUGCUAAAAGCUGAAAGACGCCAGAACAAGCCAAUGAGAGAGCAGGAAGCAAGGAAAUAUGUGAGCGACACAUGCACUGAAUCAUCUGGUCUCUGAUCAGAGCAAGAAAACAGGACGACCGUGAGCCAAUCAGGACAGAGGACUACACAAUACUCCCACCUGAUUGGCUGAUAUUAUUUUGCAUGGAAGGUAUUGACGGGCAUAAAAUAGGCAUGAACGAGAGCAGACGUUUUACUCUGAAAGUCCUCUGUGCUGUCAGAUAUUUAAAAAACUACUUAAUUUGAGACUGCAGCACAAACUUGAAUGUGACAUUCGUCACAUUCACAUAUCAGAAGAACAAGAGUCAGCUUUCACUGUUUUUCUAUUGCAAAGCCUUCUCUUCUUCGGUGGUUUUUGAAAAGCUGGAGCUGGAGGACUGUGCUGUUUUCAGAGUAAAAUAUCUGAAACCUUCUGAUUAUCACGACUUUUAUCCGUUUCCAUUGUUUUACAAAAGUAAACAAACAAAAAAAACCUUUUGGAUAAAAGAGGAAAAUCUGUCCUGGGUGGUUCUGACUGGAUGAGCUGAAGUCGUCCAGUUCUGGUUCUGGAGUCAUAAAGAGACUUCAGCUGAAACUAAUCUUCAGCUCCGGAAUCAUCUUUACGUGAAAGGUGAAUUAUAUUCAGCUUCUGAGCCUUGUGAGUCACUACAGGAAAGCAGCUGCUUGGUUUUUGCUUCUGUCCAUAAAAUCUGUGCAGCUUUAGGAUAAACAUAAAAAAAAAUGCAAACAUGAGCAGCUGAAGGACUUGAGGCCGCUGACUGUCGUUUAGGAAAAAAAAAUGAAGUGAACAAUGAACAAGUGAAGUUUUCUCUUAAUUCAUCAUUAAGUUAUUUGAAGAAAAAAAAUCCUUGUAAUGAAAUGAAAUCGUCAGAAUGUCAUUAUUUUGUCAUUGUGAAGGUGCAAAGGUACGGAAACGUGACAAAUUAUUGUCACAAAAUCAACAAGUUCAAUCAUCAGUUCAGCUGCAAAACCCAUAAACGGUAAAAUACUCUUUAGUCCGAUGUGAGAUGCACAUCAUUAUUAAAAAUAAAUUAAAUAUUUCUUUGCCAUUUCAUUUUAAAUUGUUAAAACAACACAAGUAUAAAAUUGAUCUAAAUUUUAAACUGAAAAGAUUAGAAAACUUCUAAAGGGAUUGUUGUCUUCUUGAGUAAAAUCCAGAAACAAAAAAAAUUACAGUGGGAAAAGAGUUGUCUUAAUUAAAAAACUAAAUUACCAAAUGAGACAAUAACUUUUCUGGGAGCUCAAAUGUCUUUUUCUCCCCUGAUUUAAUCUCUGACCCUGGAAAACACUUGGGAAUCUAGCACUGAAUGAAUUCCAGUAUUUUUUGUAAGGAACGGUCGUAGCAUUUCAAGAAUUUCUCUUAAUGUAAAAAAAAAAAAAAAAAA